UGCCUAUGUGACAGCGGCUGCAGAUAGACCGGCCAUCGCUGGGAGCUUGGGCGCCAUGGAUCCGCAAGUGGUGUUGGAUCUUUUGGUCGCCAUGGAUGAUAACGCCCUAUACUUCAUCCUGGGGGAGCUGUUGCAAUCCAAGCCCAACCUGGCACCUGACCUGAUCAGCUCUGCAGUGCCGGAUCUCACCUAUGCACCAUCAAAGGCUGUGACCGAAAAGCGAUGUACUGGUGUUCUUCAAAGCGUCAGAGCUGAGGGCAUGAGUUUCAUCCUUUGUCCACAGCUUCAGGCUGCCUUCGGCUGCGAUGUUUGUGUUGCCCCCGCCCAAGUUGCUGGCUUCGUACAGGGCGAACAAGUCAGCUUUGCAGUGACGGUGAAUGAGAAAUCUGAACCCCAAGCAAUAGAUUUACAGAGCCUUUCGUCAAAGGAUGCUGGCAACCCUGCAAGAAAGAGGAACAAAGUUACCCCAGCUUCAACAACAGUUUCCAACAAGAGACCAUUUUCCAUGGCCACUGGAUUACCAGUUGCUACAGAGCAGCUCGAACGGCCUCCGGAUUUAAUGUCUAAGCUGCCCAGCCAAAGCAUGUCGUUGCAAAGCCUUCCAGCAAAAGGAGUGGCUGCCAUUGCUGCGAUCUCUGCGGCCGCUGCCAACAAUCCCAAGGCGGCAGUGCACCAAGCCUUUCCGAAGCAAGCCAUGACCGGGGUCACGCGGGUCAUGCAGAGUGAUGGAUGGCAGGUAGCUAAAUCCGAGACAGAUCCAGCUGAGGUUCGCGAGAUUCUUGGUGAAUACUAUGGAGUUAUUAGGAAUUUUGAUCCCUUCAAAGGCUUUGGCUUCAUUUUCUGCAAGGAGCUGUACGAUGCUUUUAAUGUCGAUGUCUACGUGCAUGGCGACAGUUGUGCGGAGUUUGGAACAGGCGCUGAGGUGAAGUUUGAAGCUUACAUGUACAAUGGAAAGGUGCAGGGCCGCAAUUUGGAAGAUGCAACUGGAAAGGUGCAGGAACCAGCACCAGCUCCGCCAAAUGAAAUAGGAACCUUUGUGGGUGAAGUGAAGGUAUUUCACUGGGACAGGGAGUAUGGCUUCAUUGGCUGCGAUGCACUGCGUGCGAAAGGGUACAACUGUGAUCCCUUUGUGCAUCACACCGAGAUAAAGGACUUCUGGCCGGGUCAGUUGGUCGCCUUCAAGGCAUAUGAGAAUGCCGGCAAGCUGCUGGCACGCGAUCUCAAGGACCCUGCUGGAGUAAUGCUUUCGUCUGGUAUCCAAGCUCCAACUUGGGACGAGGCUUGGGCUGCUGCAGUGGAACUGGCCACUUCGUGGGCAAGGGAUGAGGCCAAAGGAACGACUCCAGACCAACGCGAGCUGGUGAUGGAUCACAUGCAGAUGAUGCAGAGUCUCCCGCCUCCAAAGCCCAAGAAAGUGCGCCUCUACUAGAUUGAGUCAAAGGCCUGAUUGCUCUAAUCUGCUCUCCACAGCCGAUUCUGCCGAAGAGCCUCUCACGUCUUGACAUCCAGAACUUUGUGCCGAACGCUGCCAAGAAGUGCUCAUGGCCAGUCUGCCGUGGGUGGCAAACUGGGCUGAGCUGGACAACAACCCCUGGAUCAAGCAAUUGAUCAAGAUAGAUUGGAAAA